GCCGAAAGAGCAGAGAGGAGGAGGAGGCGAGAAGAGGCGGAGGAGGAGGAGAAGGCGAAGAAGGAUAAGGAGGAGAAGGCGGCCAUCACAGAGGCGAAGAAGAAGGAGAAGGCGGCCAUCAAGAAGGAGGAGGAGGAGGAGAAGGAAGAGGCGAAGAAAAAGGAGAAGAAAGAGGAGUGGUACAAGAAAAACAGAUGGCAUUGGAAUAAGGCAGAGGACGGCGCAGCAGAAAAAGCACAUGAUUGGUACCAGCAGAAUAAGCCAUGGAAACAUGAAAAGAAUGAGACGAGGAAGAUGGAGAGGGAGGAGCCUUCGCCCUUGGAGGUAGAGGAGAAUAGGAUGAGGAGGGAGGCCUGGGCGGCAGCGAAGGCGGCGAAAGGCAAGGGCAAGGCAGCGCGCAAGGGCAAGAGCAAAGACAAGGGCGAAGGCUCGGGCCAGGGCGAGGAGGUCGAGGCGAGGAGGCUCUGA